CGUGUAAGAGGAAUCCCCUUAGUUAACGCCUGCGCACUCUGCUCUCUGACUGCACUGGAUAUGAGGAACCGGUGUGUUGUUGGAGUUUUGACGUGGCACUAGAUUGAAUAACACAGGAUUCAUUGAAAAGCAUCCAGCAGAGCAACACAGACACACAGAUUUCCCAAAGUCUGCCUUUUGUAAUGAGAAAAUUCUAAAAUGAGUCAACAAGGUUACGUCGCGACUCCACCUUACUCUCAGGCUCAGCCGGGAAUUGGAGGCUACCCCUCUGGCUUUGGGUCAGCAUCUUCUCAACCUCUCUAUGGCCACUAUGGUGGAUCACCACAGAUGUUUGCUCCACCACAGCAAGGAGUGCUGAAACAAGUUGCCUCUGUUGGGUCUCCAGUCUCUGUCAUGCCUCCACCUCCUGGCCCAAACCAGUUUAGCCUGGGUAAUCAACAUAAUGGGUUUACUGCAGCAGGAGCUCAACCACAAAGGUUCCCUCCUACUACAGCAGUUGGUGGCCAGCCUCCACUUUCCCCAUAUGGGCAGCCUCCACCGACAACCUAUCAAAAUUCAGCCCCUCCCUUAUCUGCACAGCAGCUGACAAAUCAGAUGGGAGCCAUGCAAAUAAGUGGAUAUGGACCUGGAGCAAUGCAGGGUUCUCAACUACCUCCCAGUUUAGCAGCACAACCAUCAUUCCCACCUCCAGCAUCACAAUCAAUGGCACAUCCUCCUAUGCCUCCAGGAUCUCAUGCCCCACAAAUGACCCUGCUCUCCCCAAAAAUUGGCCCACCUACCAUGGGUACAAUGCCUCCAGGUCCCCCUGUUGGGAUGCAGAGUGGUUUUCCUGGACCCAAUCCAGUAAAUGCUGGUUUUCAGCAGCCUCCAGGACAAGUUUCUCCUCAUGGAUUCCCCCAACAGCCAGGUCCAUUCGGGGGGCAGAUGACAGGACCUCAGCCAGGCUUUCCUGGAGCUUUUCCAGGGGGCACAACACAAAUGGCUGGUCCUCAGCAGAAAAAACUGGAUCCUGACUCUAUUCCCAGCAUUACCCAAGUCAUUGAGGAUGAUAAAGUACGAAGAGGAGGACAGACCUACACCACAAACACCAGGGGGCAGGUUCCUCCCCUUGUGACCACAGAUUGUUUGGUUCAAGAUCAAGCUGAUCUUGCCAAACAAUGCCAUGUUCCUCUGGCAGCAGUCAUGAGGCCCUUAGCAACAGUUCCUCAAAACGAGACUCCUCUGUAUCUUGUAAACCAUGGAGAGACCGGGCCCAUAAGAUGUAAUCGCUGCAAGGCUUACAUGUGUCCGCUAAUGCAGUUUAUUGAUGGUGGUCGCAGAUACCAGUGUUCUUUCUGCAGCUGUGUCAACGAAGUACCGCCAUUCUAUUUCCAGCAUCUGGACCAUGUUGGCAGGAGAUUGGACUACUAUGAAAGGCCAGAGCUAUCACUAGGAUCGUACGAAUUUAUUGCCUCUUUGGAAUACUGCAAGAAUAACAGGCCUGCAAACCCUCCGGCUUUUAUCUUCAUGAUCGAUGUGUCAUACAGCAACAUUAAGAGUGGCCUGGUCAAAUUGAUAUGUGAGGAACUGAAAACAUUGCUGGAUAAACUUCCCAGGGAGGAGCAAGCAGAGAAGUCUGUAAUUAAAGUUGGAUUUGUUACCUACAACACGAUUCUCCACUUCUACAAUGUAAAGAGCAACCUGGCCCAGCCCCAGAUGUUGGUGGUCUCAGACGUGUCUGAGAUGUUUGUGCCUCUGCUUGAUGGCUUCCUUGUAGACUUUCAAGAAUCUCAAUCCGUUAUCAACAACCUGUUGGACCAGAUUCCAGAGAUGUUUGCUGACACCAAUGAGAGCGAGACUGUUUUUGCCCCUGUCAUCCAGGCUGGCAUGGAAGCAUUGAAGGCUGCAGAGUGCAGUGGCAAACUAUUCAUCUUCCAGUCAUCCAUUCCCACAGCUGAAGCACCUGGGAAACUGAAGAACAGGGAUGACAGGAAGCUGGUGAACACAGAGAAAGAGAAGAUCCUGUUCCAGCCCCAGAAGGGUGUUUAUGAGAGUCUGACCAAGGAGUGUGUGGCAAACAGCUGCUGUGUGGACCUGUUCCUUUUCCCUAGCCAGUUUGUGGAUGUGGCCACACUGGGUGACAUCCCAAUGCACACAGGAGGAGCCCUUUACAAAUACAACAACUUCCAGAUUCAGUCUGAUGGGGAACAUUUCUUGAAAGACCUAAGAAAAGAUGUUGAGAAAAAGAUAGGAUUUGAUGCAAUCAUGCGGGUCCGGACGAGCACAGGAUUCAGAGCAACUGACUUUUUUGGUGCCAUAUAUAUGAACAACACCACAGAUGUUGAGAUGGCAGCAGUGGACUGUGAUAAAGCAGUAACUGUGGAGUUCAAACAUGAUGACAAGCUCAGCGAGGAUACUGGAGCCUUAAUGCAGUGUGCUUUGCUGUACACAACUGUUGGUGGCCAAAGACGACUGCGUAUCCACAACCUGGGUCUGAAUUGCAGCUCCCAGCUUGCUGACCUAUAUAAGAGCUGUGAGACAGAUGCCCUUAUCAAUUUCUUUGCCAAAACAGCCUACAGAGCCAUGUUGAACCAGCCUCUGAAGACAGUGAGAGAGAUCCUGGUUAAUCAGACUGCACACAUGCUAGCGUGUUACAGGAAGCACUGUGCCAGCCCCUCCUCAGCCAGCCAGCUGAUUCUUCCAGAUGCUAUGAAAAUCUUUCCAGUCUACAUGAACUGCCUGAUGAAGAGCUAUCCUCUGGUCGGUAGCCCAGACAUUUCUAUAGAUGAAAGAGCUUAUCAGAGGCAGUUGGUGAUGUCCAUGGAUGUUGCUGAUUCCCAGGCUUUCUUCUACCCAAGACUUAUACCUGUUCACAACAUUGAUGUGAACAGCGAUGUGAUGCCCUCUGCUGUCCGAUGUUCAGAAGAGCGCCUGUCUGAGGGAGGAAUCUUCCUACUGGAGAAUGGCACGCAUAUGUUCCUGUGGCUGGGGCUGGCCUGCCCUCCAGAGGCCAUUCAAAGCCUCUUCAAUGUACCUUCAUUUGCACAUAUCAACACAGAGGCAACAACACUUCUAGAGCUGGACAACCCCUACUCGAAAAAGAUCAGGUCAAUUAUUGACGAAAUACAUCGCCAGAGGCCUCAUUCAAUGAAGCUGAUGAUUGUAAAGCAAAAAGACAAACCAGAAAUGAUUUUCAGACAGUUCCUGGUCGAAGACAAGAGCUUGUAUGGAGGAGCUUCCUACAUGGAUUUUCUGUGCUACGUUCAUAAAGAGAUCAGGCAACUACUCACCUAAAGAUACUGCCUCAACACAGUCCACUCAUCUCAGUCUGAAAACUGUGCCAUUCUAUUGGAUUCUGAUAAAGAAAAACGGCGGCUGUCAUUUAUCCAGCAAAGCAGAUACUCAUUUUAAGGGAGUUCAUUGGUUAUUGAAAAUGUAACCAAAAUAAUAUUUUAGAAUUUUUGUCUUGUCAACAUCAAGUGCUCUUAAAAUUCAUAUGUACAAAUCAGAUUGAUUACUGGUUUCUAAAUCUAUCUUAAUUCCUACCUAAUAUAGCGUCAUUAAACAAGUGUUUUAUUACCACUGGUGGGGGUAUUACAACCAGUGUUCAUCCCAGCAAAGUAAAUGUAUUUUUAAAUGUGCCAGUUGGAUUGUAUUAUUUAUUCAAAGCCCUAACAAUUUCAAGCUUUCACAAAAAUUUGUUUCAAUUCCAUUUUUAACAAAAAAAAAACAAACAAAAAAACAAAAA